AUGCACGGCAGAAUAAGUGGUCCCGUUUAUGCCAUUUACUACCCGCUUCUUGCAGCUAUUGGAGUUCCGGCCGCUCAUGUUAUCCGGUGUCUUUCCGGAGUUCACCUUCCUGAGAUCCCCGUUAUUCGGCGAAGUUCGGAAAUUAAUUUGGUGGCGAUUGUAAUCCUGUCCCGGGGAAAGUGCGGUCUCUCCAGAUGCAUCAGUCGGUACCUGGUGUCCAUGGCGGUGACGGAUCUACUGGUCGUUAUCACCGCUGUCAUCUUCAACCGGAUUAUUGGCAUUUAUUUCCCAUUUAGUUUUAUGUCCUUAACCCCAGCUUGUACUCUCAGCACUGUUGCAAUUUAUGCAGCCACCGAGAGUUCUGUCUGGCUGACGGUCGCUUUCACCUUUGAUCGGUUCGUUGCCAUUUGUUGCCCGAAGCUGAACAGCAUAUACUGCACCGAGAGAACGGCGGCGAUUGUCAUUGGGACAAUCUGUGUGUUGAGCUGCCUCAAAAGCGUCCCCUGGUACUUUAUUUACGAACCCCAGUACAUAGUUGACAAUAAACCCUGGUUUUGUAGCGUAAAACCCAGUUACAACACCAUAGGAUGGACUGUGUAUGAUUGGUUUGCGCGCAUUUUAAACCCUGGGCUCCCGUUCGUCCUGAUACUACUAUUGAACGCGCUGACGGUCAGACACAUCCUAGUCGCCAGCAGAGCGCGCGCGAGACUCAUGUCCCAGAAUCAGGGAGAUAAGCAGAGCGACGCAGAGAUGGAAAGCCGGAGGAAGUCCAUCAUUUUACUCUUCGCCAUCUCGGGCAGCUUCAUCCUGUUGUGGAUGACGUACGUGGUUGAUUUCCUCUACGUUCAGUUUUCAAAGGAACCCUAUUUCAGUGGUUCCAACUUCAACGACCCAAGGUUCAUUCGCCAGGAAAGUGGAAACAUGCUGCAGCUGUUGAGUUCAUGCACCAACACCUGCAUUUAUGUAGUGACCCAGCGUAAAUUCCGGGAGGAGAUAAAGAAUGCGGUGCUAUUUCUUUGCCAUGCAUUUGCUUCGUUAAAAAGAUAG